AUGGACAUCUUAUUCACCUUGGCUACUACUGGCCAACAAUGGAAGAAGGCAUUUGACCUGGUAGGUCCUAUAGCACAGCAAUCCAAAUGCUAUAGAUGGAUACUUACAGCAACUGAAGUUAGCACCAAAUGGGUAGAGGCUAUACUGAUGAGGAAGGCAGAUGGGGUAGGAGUAACCAACUUCAUCAGAGAGAACAUAAUCUGUAGGUUUGACAUACCCAAAGUAAUGUUGUUUGACAAUGGAACUUCUUUUGUAAAUCGCCACGUUGGAAGACUGCUAGAUGCCUACCAGAUUAAACACCGCAAGUCUAGUCCAUACUAUCCCCAAGGGAACGAAAAAGCUGAGGCGACCAACAAAAUCCUCAUCCGAAUACUUAGUAAAAUGAUGGAUGAUGCAGGGGGCACAUGGUCUGAAUAA